GGCUGACACGUCUGAGGGGAUUGCUCAUGCCUUGGGAUAUUUUUUCUUUUGCCACUGCUAGCUCGGGUUGUCGGGGUGACGCUGCCGGGGUGGUUACGUGCAUUAUCUGCUUCCUUCAAGGCCACGAGACUUGUGCAGGAUGAGUAAAGAUCAUUAUCAGUCAGUCAGAGUAUCCCUCAGAGUGCUCCCGGCCCUGCAUGGUGGGAGCAGGAGGGGGCUGGGCAGGGGUAGAACCUGCUCCCACGGUUCCUGCCAGGCCAGGAGCACCCGUGGGUCCCCUGGAACGGGGACACAAACCUCACGGCACAGCCAAGGGGUUGCACUUUGCGCGGUGAUGCACUUUGCACGGUGCUCACCGAACCCCAGUUAAACGUGAGCACUGAUAACACGCUCCAGAAAUCAGCCAAACCCUGACCCGCCAGUACCUCCAGGGAGGAAAGGUGAGCCCUUGGCAUUUCCACGUCCCCAGAAAGGGGGUUGGAGAGUCAGAAUGAGUCUGGUGGUUGUGUUUCCCGAUACCUACCGCCCGAAACCAAGGGGAUGGCCGUGGCAGGUGGCGUUUCUCCUCCUCCCGCCCUUCUCUGGUUACUCGUCGCCAUCUCUGCAAACAAAGGGGAGGGUGUGGGACGCAGGUGACGGUGACGGAGGAGCGCAGAGGAGCGUCCAGCAGGCAGCACUGAAACCCCACCCCGGGCCGGCCGUAUAAAUGCCGCUGCGCACAGGUGAAAGCCGAUCCCCACGGGCUGCGAGCGGCGGCGGGUGACGGCGACGGAUUUGGUCCGUGGGUUCUUCUUUGCCAUCGCUUGGAGCGUGACACUGAACCGUCCACCAUGUCCAUGGGGCUGGAGAUCGGCGGCGUGGCCUUGUCGGUGCUGGGGUGGUUGUGCAGCAUCAUCUGUUGCGCGUUGCCCAUGUGGAGGGUGUCGGCCUUCAUCAACAGCAACAUCGUGACGGCCCAGGUGUACUGGGAAGGGCUGUGGAUGACCUGCGUGGUGCAGAGCACGGGGCAGAUGCAGUGCAAGAUCUACGACUCCAUGCUGGCGCUGCAGCAGGACCUGCAGGCCGCCCGCGCCCUCCUGGUGGUGUCCAUCGUCCUGGCUGUCAUAGGCUUGAUGGUGGCCAUCGUGGGCGCCCAGUGCACCCGCUGCGUGGAGGAUGAGAGCACCAAGGCCAAGAUCACCAUCGUCUCCGGCGUCAUCUUCCUGCUCUCCGGCAUCAUGACCCUCAUCCCCGUGUGCUGGUCGGCCAACACCAUCAUCCGGGAUUUCUACAACCCGCUGGUGCCCGACGCGCAGAAGCGGGAGCUGGGCACCUCGCUCUACGUGGGCUGGGCGGCCUCCACGCUCCUGCUGCUGGGGGGGGCCCUGCUCUGCUGCUCCUGCCCCCCCAAAGAGGACAGGUACCCCACGAGCAAGGUGGCCUACUCUGCCCCGCGCUCUGCCGUCACCAGCUACGACAAGAGGAACUAUGUCUGAGCUCCCCUCCCCGG